AUACGAGGCAGGUCGAAUCUGUUUUCUAGAAUUCUCUCAAGUUUGCACGAGUCACGAGUUGUGAUAAUAAGUUGCAUAUAUAGUGCUUAUUUUUAACCCGAGUUCUUUUUUCUUCAUUUAUUUUUUUACAAUAAAUAUGGAAAUAGAUAGUGACACGUGGAUUACUAUUUUUCAUAUCUUGAUUACAUUUGAUAUAAUAAUGACUUUAUGGUAUAUUUCAAUGCUGUGAAAUAAAGGAAUUAUUGAAUUUUAUGAAUCCUUAUUGAAUUGAACUCAUAUACGAAAAUGUUCAAGGAGAUUUGGCAGAGUUUUAAACGAUUACAUAAUGAUACGACGAAGUCCAACGCGCAUAGAAAUGCGUCUGGAUGAUUUACAAGUGUAUGAGGAAAUAAGGAAAGCACAUGAGGCUAAAAAAGAUCCCGAAAAAAAAGCAUCAUCGUCCAUGAAUCCUCCAGCAUGGGGUGGCAAGAUUCCCCAGAACGAGAUUCAGGAGCGUAUCGGUUAUGUUCCACAACAACAUUCAUCCACGCACAAUCGAACCAUACCAUAGCAAUCAGUCCAGACAUGAAUCACAAACGAAAAAAUCAAAUUAUGCAUUGCAACAUGAGUUUGAUUUUAUUUAGUGCAUUUAGUAGGUGUUUAUAAAAUGAUUAUCUUUUAUCUUCAGUAUUCAUUGCCUGUAAUUAAUCACAUUAAUGGUUAUAAUUAGGGAAUCAUCAAUCUAAAAAUAGUUUCUACAGUAUAAAAUUGCUUUUAUUUACAAAAUGUAAUUGCUAUGUGUAAAAUAUACAGGAUUAAUGGACGAUAUCUA